AUGGUUUCUGCAGAAUUUGAAGAAAAAGCAUCUACCGUUUCUAACUUAAGUAAAAGACCAAAUGACGAUGAAUUAUUAAAAUUAUAUGGAUUAUAUAAACAAGCAACAAUUGGUGAUAAUAAUACAACGAAACCAGGUACAUUUGAUUUUAAAGGUAAAUAUAAAUGGCAAGCAUGGGAAGAUUUAAAAGGUACAUCACAAGAAGAAGCAGAAAAGAAAUAUAUUGAAUUUGCAAGUGAAUUAAUUGAAAAAUAUAAUUAA